GCAGUCUAGCAGUAUAUAAAGUCAGAUGCGACUUUCUUGUGCGAAUGGUCGGCCGGUGUUGAGUUUGAAAUUCAAAAUAAUAAAUCAAAUAAUUGUGUGGAAAACCGGUCUCCCGUCAUCCAAUCAAAAUAGUUUCGAUUUUCGCCGGCGAGCAAUCGAUGAUCAGUCGUUCAAACAAAGAGACCUGGCAAGCUGAAAAGUCCAAAACAUAUACAGGAUAUACAGCUGAUCGGCUUCAGUCUUCGUGAUACUUUGCUCUGUGAGCUUUCGGCAUUUUCUUUUUCUCUUCAUUUUCUCUUGAUUUGGACGGACGCCCAAGCUCGUCCAUGACUCGAUUGCGUCCAUUGGUGGUUUUGUUUUUAGUGGUCACGCUGUUGCUGAGCUGUCACCCGACUAGCAGCGGACUAGUCUAUCAAACAGAAGAUGCCAUUGUUGUCGAAGUCGAAGAUAUUGGACUUGAUCGACAGGACGUAUCUAAAAACGAUGCUGAAACCACUACCGUCUCGGCUGAAGAACAGACCACCUUGUUAGCCAACAACAGCGAUGACAACCAGUUGAUCUAUUUGACGAGCAGCACUUUCACCAAGGCCAAUGAAUGGAUUAAUGUCACGACGACUACGAUGAUGACCACCAGCGAGGCAACGACAACGCUAAAACCCCCGCUCGUUGAAGCCGCCAUUUUUGCCGAUUCCCAAUGCGGAAUCGGACCUGCCAAAACGUUAACGAUCGAGGAGCAACGCAUCGUCGGUGGAACUGAGGCCGUCGAAAACUCAUGGCCGGGCAUCGUAGCGCUGAGGAAGAAUGGAACGUUCAUCUGCGGGGGUUCGCUGCUUUCACGGACUAAAAUCCUAACGGCGGCUCAUUGCAUAGCUACGAUUUCUCUCAGGGAGGUGAAAUUGUUGACCGUAGACCUGGGCAUUCACGUUCUACUGAACCAAGCAGCGGUGACAAAGAGGGUCAAACGAAUGACACGUCACAGGAGAUUUAAUUCCAGAACAUUUUACAGCGAUAUCGCCAUCUUGACAUUAGAAUCACCUGUGGAAUAUUCAGAGACCAUUUCGCCAGUUUGUUUGCCGUCAGCAGAUUCCAACGAGAAAUACGUUGACAAAGAUGUCACCAUCAUUGGAUGGGGAAGUCCGAUUGAAGGUGGGUUUCAUUCACCCGUCCUACGACAGGUGACUGUUCAAGUGAUGACUAACGCCAAAUGCCAGAAAUUUUAUGCUGGCAAAGACAAAAUCUUCGAUCACAUGAUGUGCGCUGCAGCUCCUGGCAAAGAUUCGUGUCAGGGGGAUAGUGGUGGUCCGUUACUCGUCCAAUCGUCGCCUGGAUCUACGUGGAUCCAAGCCGGCAUCGUCAGUUGGGGAAUCGGAUGCGCCAGGCUUGAAUAUCCCGGUGUUUUUAUAAGAGUGUCAUCCUUUUUGAACUGGAUCCGGAGACACAUGCGUUCGUGAAUUUCUUCUUGGGCUGCACAUACAUUUCUAAUGUGUCUAUAACUCAAACAUAACACGCAUUCAAAUUGGAAACCACGGUGAAAGACAAUAUGAUGAGGGAUCUGUUCUUUCAUCAAUGCUGUUCAUAUAUGAUCCACAAGUGUUAUUCACAACUAUAUGCAUUAUAUUGUUUGCAAUGAAUCUAUCUAUGCGAUCAGCUGAACCAGCUACUAUAAAGUUCAGUUGAAUUUCAUUCUUUUAUAUAGGACAAGGUCUUCACAUUCAUCUAUUAAAAUUAAGUCACUAUCCAUUCAGUCUUGCUGGAGGUCUAUGAUGAGUCUUUGUUGUCAUAUCGUGCAGUAUCUUUAUCAUUGGCCGUGAACCCAGGCAACACACUUAAAUCUAGAACAAAAUAGAUGACAUGAUUUCGUUUUAUUUAAAAAACGGCACAAUUAA